AUGGCGUCUCUUACACCCGGGGUUCUAUCCAAGCUCCUCCAAAACCUAGACAACCCCACCGCCAAGGUCGCCGGCGACCACCGAUCUCCUCUCCUUCAGGUCAUUGGCAUUGUACCACAAGACGAUGUUUUCGAUUUCGAUAGGAGAAACAAGGGCUUUUAUUUGAGAGUAUCCGACUCGGUUCACUCCGCCUACGUCUCUGUGCCGGAGGCUGACGUCGAUUUGAUUCUCAGUGAUAAGAUCCAAUUAGGUCAGUUCAUCCAUGUGACUCGCCUCGAUUCGGGCUCUCCUGUUCCGGUUCUUAGCGGUGUCAAGCCGGUUCCGAAAAGGCGGCCGUGCGUCGGUGAUCCGAAGGACUUGAUCUCGAGUGAUUCGUUGCUGAUUCGCGGGAACAGUCGGGUUGAUUUCUCUAAGAAGAAGAAAGAGGGGAAAAUCAAGGAGAGUAACACCAGAAGGCUUUCAUUGGUAAAUGCGAAGAUCCGUGAUGAACCAGAAACUAGGAGAUUGAGUUUGGAUUAUUCGUCUAGGAAGUCUUGGGACCGGAGUCCGGCACCGGCGUGCAAGAACGGCAGGUCGGGUACAAAACUCAUAGAGCCUUCAUCACCACUCUGUUCUACUCCGGUUCGUUCAGCUAGGAAGGCUUCUUCGGUGAAGGAUAUAAUUCUAAAACCGCCUAAUUUGAAUCUAGCACCUCUUAAAAACAAGAAUGUGAUAGUCUCUGAAAAGUUGAUAAGCAAACCUAUAAAAAAAGACUUGAAAACGUCAUUUAAUUGCACUCCUGUACCUAGCCACCUUAUGAAAGUACCUAUUAGUGCUAGAACAUGGUCGGAUUCAAAGAUCUCUUGGGAUUCUGUUUCACCUGCAAUCCGUGAACUUGGAAAGGAAGUUGUUUGUCAUAGGAAUCUGGGAUUUUCAUCCGCUGUACAUGCGUUAGAAGAAACUUCAGCCACGGAGAACAUCAUUCAAUGCAUGAGUGUGUUUGCAGAGAUAUGUGAACUUGCUGAGAACUCUAUGAAUCCUCUUGUUGAACAAUUCUUGAACUUCUAUCAGAAACUUCAAACAUCAGCUGCUGUAGUCAACACCUUAAUUGACUCAAAAUCGACUGUCGAUAAAACGAAAGGGCAUCCUAGGAAUAGUGCAUUAUGGGUACAAGCUGCUUUAGGAACUAACCUUGCAAAAUUUACUUUGUUUACAACAGAAGAGAACAAACACAUUCUACAUAGUGAGGGAAAUUACCAUGUUGUCCUUGAAACCACUUCAGAGAAAAUCCAGGUGGAGAACCGGUUACCUGAAGCCAAGAGAACCCUGAAAGCCCACGAACCAGUUAGUUCAAGAGUGCGUCGUGCAGUCCCCACCACAAAAAAAGAAACUCCCGAAAGGUUAGAAUGGUCCAAGGGAAAUGGCUUGAAGGAAACUGCAAACUUAGCCGAAAAACUGCUUUCGGCAUCGCGUAAAUGGUUUUUGAAUUACUUGGAGGAGUCAUUGAACAAGGGGUUUGGGUUGACGAAAGGAGAGGAUUCAGGAGCCGUGGUUGGUCUUUUGGGUCAGCUCAAAAGGGUUAACCAGUGGCUCGAUGAUUUGGUUCGUGGGGACGAAAGGGUAGAAAAUUUGAGGAAGAAAUUAUAUGGGUUUUUGCUUGAUCAUGUCCAGAAAGCAGCCUGGUAGUUUAAGCUCAAGAUACAGAUUGAUUACUGACUAAAGAUUUGAGAUUGUAGGUUGUGAAUUGUGAUGGGGGGUCAAAUAUGUCAUUUCAGUUCAUCAAGGAAUUAUUGGGGUUUUGAGGUUGUGUUUCUAACCAAAACUAAUGGAAGAUGGAGAAAGAUUUGUAGGAGGCUAAUGAAUGGUAGCUUUUUGUUUUAGAUUAGUUUGAGCAAAUGUUAUGAAAUCAAGUUCCCCUUUUAACCACUG